AUGACGAAGGCAUGCAGGCAACGACAGAACGUUAGGCCUCAGCAACAACGAAACGAUAAUAAGCAACUGCACGCUACCCAGGAGAGAGGAGCGUAUGACACCACAGGAAUUGUGAACCCUGAACUCAGAGCAACGAAUGAUUCUGGAUGGCACAUGCAAGAGGCUUCGGAUGAGCAUGGAGGACCAUGGAGAUCCAGAACUAUGAUUGUACCCAACCUAAGCCCAUUGAGGAGGUUGAUGGAAGAACAGACGACCCUCACGACAGAGGAAAUUGAUGAGAUCAUGAGUUCAAGUGAAGAAGAAUAUUGGCCCAAUGAACGGAUGGUGGGAUCCGACAGCGGAAGCGACAAAGCCCAUAUAAGGACGGAUGGGUCCAAAAAAGCCAUCAACGAGCCAGUUCAUGAGAAAUCACUCGGCGAACUGCCCAACCAAGAUUGGUCAGUUAAUGAUUUCCUUGACGAAGAGUACGGUACUCAGUGGAAUGGCCACGAUCCCAACGUGGAGGAACUCCAUGAGAUACCUGAGACACCUCAGAACGCAACUCCCAGAAAUGAAGAACAUGAAGAACAGAUUCUGGCAGAAGACAAUGAGGGAUACAUGAAGUCCAGUGUGUAUGGCCCUAUUUCGAAGCAACAGCUAUGGUCCAAGCGAUAUACGGAACAAUGA